AUGGCAGGCGAAAUAUUCUAUGAACCCGGGAAGACUCCUCAUGGGCUUCCACGAGAUCCUUAUAAAUCCUGCGUUGUCCCUCGACCCAUCGGCUGGAUCUCCUCGCGCUCUCGGCACGGUGUUCACAACCUCGCACCAUACAGUCAAUUCAACAAUCUUACCUUUGACCCGCCAUACAUCAUGUUCAGCGCGAAUCAGGACAUGAACCGGGAGCGCAAGGACAGCGUCAACAACAUCGAAGACACGGGAGAAUUCUGCUGGAACGUUGCCACGUGGGAUCUACGGGAGGCAGUCAACGCGAGCGCGGAAUGGCUGGGUCCGGAGGUGGAUGAGUUUGAGCGGGUAGGUGUGGAGAAGGAGAUGGGGCAGUUGGUGAAUGUGCCGAUGGUGAAGCGGAGUCCGAUCAAGUUCGAGUGCAAGUACUACACGACUCUUCGGCUGCCUGGGAAUCCUCCGAUGGGGACUGUCGAUGUUGUUGUUGGAAGAGUCAUUGGGGUGCAUAUCAACAAGGAGGUCUUGACGGAUGGAAAGAUCGAUCUGGCAAAAGUCCAGCCCAUUGCGAGAUGCGGGUAUCAUGAGUAUACGGUGGUCAGAGGGGAGAGUGUCUUCGAGAUGAUCAUUCCAGGUGAUCCAAAGCAGCUCGUGGGGUUAGAAGGCAACGCUGAAAGGGCCAAAGGAUUGUUGAAUGGUGAUCCAUCUGGGCCGACGGAUUCGGCUCUCCCGCAGAAGGGUUGA